AGCUUGUUCACGAUGGACCAGCUACUCGAGAUCGGCUUGGCUACUUGUCAUACGGUAACGCAGCUGAAAGAUGGCACUCACGUGGGCAACCAAGUUGAACUGGAGAUGGUGAAACGCGCGACGAAGAUCAAAGACGAAAAGAUGCAUGGGGGUGCUGCAUGUGACUCUCGGAACACUCGUACAACAAAGACGUUGCGUCAAUUCGAAUUCGAUCAGCAUUCUCAAUUGCAGUCUUGUCUGGUGGAAAUACAAACUUCAAUUGAGCUCCGUGGCACAGCAACUUCCAAGACCAUCCUCUUCGUCAAGGGUUCCGUGAAACGUAUCGUUCAGAAGUGCAACCCCAACUCGGUGCCCCUCGAUUUCGAACAGACAGCUGAAGAACUUGCCAUGGAUGGAUUCUAUUUAGUUGCUAUGGCCAUGAAAUCAUUUGACAACUUCGACAACACUGACGCGGCAAAUAUCGAUCAUACCUUGCUUCAACAGCAGCUUCCUCGUGAAGACCUCGAAAAGGACCUUACCCUUUUAGGACUGUUGAAGUUUCGCAAUGAGAUCAAGCCGGACUCGCGUGAGGUGAUCAAGAUGUUGAAGAAAGCAGAAAUCGCUACGCAAAUCAUUACCGGAGACAACGUGUGGGCUGGCGUGAACAUUGGUCGUGAAAGCGGCAUCAUCGAUGCGGAGAAUGACUAUGUCUUGGUUCUGGAUGCAGAACCUACUCAUUUUGGAGGUUGUGCUGGACAUGGAGGACGCCGUCAUUCUCAUAGUCGAAAGUCCGGAGCAGGCAGUCUUCACCAUCCAAACACUCAGUGCAAGAGUUUAGAACAACAGGAGCAUGAACGAACUCUGCGUCGUUCUAGUGCCGUUCAGGAGGACUCUUCAACUGACGAUGCGAGUGGUGCGUCGACCUCAGAGGAGGACGAAGACGAUGGCUUUGUCAUUCAAGAACAUCCUCUGUUGAAAUUACAUCUGGUGCGUCCUGUUGCGGGUGGACAUGCUAGUGCGUUUUACGGAGAGGAAAGCAAGCAUGAAGACAUUCUCCAUGUUCUUCGAGAGGAAAGCAAGCAUGAAGAAAUUCUCCAUGUUCCGGAAGAACAAGGAGCUCUCUUGGGUAUGGAAGAACAGGAGCAAGCGUCUCUCUCCCAUUGGCGAUCUUCUCCAGAACAUCAACAAGCUGAAGCACUCUUUCGUCAGUUCACCAUGGAGAAAAUUGAAGAUACUAAGAACCUCCAGCCUCGCACUGGGACAAAUGGUAUUCAAAACAAGAAGAAACACUCUAUCGACUCUGUCAAGCCUUUCACCCUUCAAGAUGGUACCACAGUCCGUUUUGUGGUCACGAUGGACGCCUUUUCGCAGAUCCGCUCUGCCUCUGCUGCUGCUCAGGAAAAUAGUACGACACAGAACAAUUUCCUCAACCACAUCAUCGAACAUCAUGCUGAAAAGGACGCAGAGGACCCAAGUGCCUCUCCUUGGUUUCACAAAUCUCCCAUGUUUUGGGCUGCUUAUAUCAACAAGGAAACUUCUUCUCCUUCUCAGUCUGCUGCAGCAUCAAAGACGACGGCCACACCUGCUUCUUCCACAUUGUUGUCUCUCCUGUACCCCAACACUGCAGUGCUUGGUAGUAUGACGCCAGUGGGGAAAGUGCAAGCUGUGGAGUACUGGCAAAAGGAGGAGCUCUUCGGAACUCAGGUUGUCGGCAUGUGCGGGGACGGUGGAAAUGACUCCGGAGCCGUGAAUGCAGCAGAUCUGGGAUUGGUGCUGGCGAAUAAUGAUGAGGAUGACAACACUGCUGGAAGUGGAGGUGACAACACCUCUCAGGCGAAAGAAGCUACUUCUUCUUCUCCGUCCACCUCCGCCAACGAAAUUUGUCUUCUAGCUCCCUUCUCUGCACAAACCUCUUCCCUGAUUUCUCUCUUGUACUUGAUUGAGGGUGGCCGCUGUGUUUUAAUGAAUGGUCUGGGCGCGGUCAAGUUGUUUCUAGCUUUUGGUAUUUCCCGUUGCUACGCUAAUUUCUUGAUGGACAUGGUGCGUGGCUGGCGCAGCGAGGCCUUCCAAAUGCUUGACACUUUCGUGGUCAUGUUCUUCCUCAGUAAAGCUGUAGUCAAAUGCAAGGUGCCCUCGAACUGGUCUGCGAAGUUGGGUGGAUACAAGCACGUGGCGAAGAUUAUGAUGGACAAGAAAAGGACUCGUAACCCAUACCUCCCAAACCUCACUCCUGACAAACCGGAAUUGAGUUUGUGGCGUUUAAGUGUGUGGAUCGACGUUUUCUACGGACAGGUGCUUUUCGUGGUGGCUUUGUUGGUGUUUGUGCUGUUCCCGCAUGUGCUUUUCGGAUGGACUCUCUCUUCGAGCCCUACCACAACUACCAUCCCAGCAGCUCCAACAGACACCAAAACCCAUUACCGUCUUGCUUGGGACUGGUUCCGCUUCCCUGAGCGAUGGACCGAGUUGGAUCAGCAGAACGAUUUCGCAGUAGGCUACGCAAUCGGGACUGACACCAUGACUCAGAGCACUGGAGUCGCGGCAAACCUGUACAACAUUGCGUUUUAUACCAUGUUGUUUGGUGUUGCUGUUUCUUACUCCCUUGGUGGCAAAUUUCGUGCCAGCAUCUGGAAAAACUGGACCGUGCAUGGUUUCUUCGUGUUUUUCAUGUUUCCCUUCAUGUUCUUGCUUGGGUUGUUUUGGCCACAGACGGUGCUUGGGUCGAUCAUGCGUGUAAACAUCGACAACCGCACUGCGAACAAUCCAAGCUGGUACUUCUACGACAUCUUGGGCUACUUAGCCGUACGAUUCCAGCAGUGGCCGGAAGGAGAUGAAAUGAGUGGAGGAAAAGUGUGGUUUUUUGAGCCGGAUGUUGGGGAGUCAAAGUUCCUAUUGGAGAAGACGACGGAAGCGAGGUUUGCGGCAGGAAUCGUUGGUCCCGAAGUAGAACAACGUCUAAAGCAGUUGAAGAAAGUCCAGGACACGUUGCCCAGUUUCUGGCCAAGCAGUAUGGUGACAGACGAAGAGUACGACAAAACAAUUGGUCUUUCCUCUCUGGCGGACUCCCAAAACUACUUCUACAAUUUGAACUUCGACUUUUCGCGUCCUUUCGUAUGGACUCCGGAGAAAAUUCAGCAGUUGAAGGACUUAUGGCAUGAGGGGAAACAUGCUACUACGGGGAAACAAGGCUUGUUAGCAGAAGGCGGUGAGUCCUACAACAUGGAAGUUGCGGUGGAGUCAAAUUUUCUCAAGAAUUUGGUGUUUCAUUUUGGAGGAGAUCCUGGGAAUGAGACAGCAGUGAAGGUGGGGCUGUAUGGUGCUAUGGCUACGCUGCCAGCUGGGGUGGAAAAAGAACUCAUCUUUGGUGGUGCAGCCUCGAAUUACGGAGAUAAACUAGGUGUCAGUUUAGACGGGAAGAGGCAGCAGCUUGAGCAGAAGAUUGGUGUUGCGGCGACCGGCGUUUCGGGUGGACAAGAAAAUGGUACAACUGCUACUACUGGAAACACCAACAGCCAAAAGAAGUGGGAAAUCAAGCUUUCUACAGUACCUUUGCAACUAAACCGUGCCCAGCAGCCGAAUAGCAACAAAGUACCAGUGAAUGUCUUUCAGGUUGGCGUGGAAGUGGAAUUCACUCGCCUCAUCUCGCCUCCAAAUAGCACUGCAUCCGUUGCACCAGUCCCAAAAAGUAAUGGCAAUCUGAUUCGUCGUCGUGGUGCUUUGAGCAACAACAGUACUGGUAACACUACGUCUUCCCCACUCACUGGAGGAGCAUCGUCAACGCAACGACAAGCACAACUACAGGGUGACAAUCUUCUUCAAGACAAAAGGGAGGUUCUCUUCAUGUGCCAAGAGCUUUGCCUGGCGUCUGUGCAACUGCAAGAUGGCGGUGACGGCGGGGAAUUGGGUCGGUUUAUGUGUCAUUGGAUUGGUAUGCGUUACACUUCUUCUGACAACAGUGGUGGCAACAACAAUGAUAACCACAACAAGAAGCAUUCUUGCCUUCUCUUCCCCCGUUUGAGUGCUGACACCAAGGUCGCUCUUGGUCCUGAGUUAGCUGGAUACGUGCGUGACCAAUUUCAACGCCGCAGGAACUACUCUCAACAAGAAAUUGACUCGUUCAUUAAUGGGGUCGCGGUGAAAGGGAUGAUCAGCAUCAGCUCUGCUAGUCCUAGCAGUGGGGUUGCUGCUGGAAAUCCAACGAAUACAGUAGACACCUCCUUUCGUCUCUGGUACAUGAAUCGGUCUGCAGUACUCGGAUGGCAACCGCGCUCCCCCAAGGACGAGCUCGAUCGCCACAAUCCAGGCAAAUACCGCGAUUUGCGCUACGCCUUCUUCUUCUCUGGGAUGAUGCUCUUGCUGGUCGGAGUGUUGUGUCUUGGAAGGGCAUUGAAGGAUGCGUACUGGAAGUGAGGAGCACUCAUUUUCUUUGCACGUUCUUGCACACAGCUGCUUUGGAUGAAAAGUACAAUGAGAAGGGCGUAUUAAUGUAGGGCUAAGUACUUCAACCAGAAUCUCAAAAGAACUGAUUUUCUCGAGAAGGAGAGUCAAGAUGUCGAGAACAAGAUGUUCUUGAGAACAAGACGCUGAGGGCUUUGCGCGUUUUCUUUCUCAGUACGAUGCAUCGGCAUCCUUCCAUCAACCUCUACUUCCGACCAGAAUAUCUAUAUUUAAGACUAACUUGUCAUGGGCGUUGUAAUUGUAUGUUCUUGCUGAAAAAAGUUGGAGUAUUACGACGAUUGAAAAGAGAACAGGUACAGGAGAUGAGGGGAAUCAUGACGAAAGCUCCCAUGUAUAUCAUGAAAAUCGGAGAUGGUUCUUUUUCCUUAGACUACUACGAUCGUGACCGCAUGCCAAUAGGAGAAGGAGGGGAGUUCUAUGAUGAGUAAAAGAAGAUCUCUCACGAAAAAGCCUUGCUUUGUCGUUUUGGAAACGCAAGGAAAACUGAUGAAGCGAUGAAUAUGUGCAUGAAUCAUGAUCUUCACACACAUAGUAAGAAGCAGAGGAGCUAAAUGCGACGCUGCCUAAGAGAGCGUUGAAUGAUAAGGAGCAAGUAUUGAUGAUAAAUGCUGCGUUGUGUAGAACAACCUAGGCUAUGACGUCUUUUUUGCGUAGAUGAAGAUGCACAACUUCUGCGGUGGUGAUGUUGCUGACCCGAUCUCUGUUACUGACCCGAUCUCUCCCUCUCUUUCGACCUAUGCAACUUGCCUCAGAAGAGGCCAUACUUGACAUCAUAGAUGUUUUUCAAACACCACACAUAAGCACACGCGAUUG